AUGGACGCGUGUGCGGACAGCGGUCCGGCGAAGCGCGCGGAGAUAUACACGUACGAGGCGCCGUGGCCCGUCUACAGCAUGAACUGGAGCGUGCGUCCCGACAAAAAUUUCCGCCUCGCCGUCGGAAGCUUCAUAGAAGAUUACCGGAAUAAGGUGGAGAUAGUCCAGCUAGACGACAACACAGGCGAGCUGAGGAGCGACCCGCGCCUGACGUUCGACCACCCGUACCCGCCCACCAAGCUCAUGUUCGUCCCGGGCCGCGACGCUGCCCGCCCGGACCUGCUCGCCACGUCUGGCGACUUCCUGCGGAUUUGGCAGAUCACAGACGACGGCGUGCGCAUGCGCAGCGUACUCAACAACAACAAGAACAGCGAGUUCUGUGCGCCGCUCACCUCCUUCGACUGGAACGAGUCCGAACCAAGGAGGCUCGGGACGUCCAGCAUCGACACCACGUGCACCAUAUGGGACAUGGAGAAGGAGGUGGUGGACACACAGCUCAUUGCUCACGACAAGGAGGUCUACGAUAUCGCCUGGGGGGGAGUUGGCCUCUUCGCCUCCGUCUCAGCUGACGGGUCAGUGAGGGUGUUUGAUCUGCGGGACAAGGAGCACAGCACCAUCAUCUACGAGAGCUCCCAGCCCCAUGAUCUGAGGGUGUUUGAUCUGCGGGACAAGGAGCACAGCACCAUCAUCUACGAGAGCCCCCAGCCAGAGACACCUCUGCUGCGCCUGGGGUGGAACAAGCAGGACCCGCGCUACAUGGCAACCAUUCUCAUGGACUCGCCCAAAGUGGUCAUCCUCGAUAUAAGAUUCCCCACUUUGCCAGUGGCGGAGCUACAGCGCCAUCAGGCAUGUGUGAAUGCAAUUGCAUGGGCACCACACAGUUCAUGCCACAUCUGUACAGCAGGAGAUGAUGCCCAAGCUCUGAUCUGGGACCUGUCCACCAUGGCCCAGCCUGUGGAAGGAGGGUUGGACCCCAUUUUGGCCUACACUGCUGGUGCAGAGAUUAAUCAGCUACAGUGGUCAUCUCUGCAGUCAGAUUGGGUUGCUAUAGCCUACGCAACAAAAUUGCAGAUCCUGAGAGUGUAA